AUACUGUUAAAGGUGAAAGGUUAAGAGAUUCUCGUGGUUGAUAUUCAGAGAUAUACUGUCCAGGAAGAUAUAAAAUUAUUUUUUUAUUGACAAUAUACUAGCAUAAUGGAAGAGAUAAAAGCCGACGAAGAAUCGCUCAUAAAGAGGCACCGCAAAGAAAAGAAGGAUUUGCAAGCCAAAAUUCAGAGUAUGAAAAAUGCUGUACCCAAAAACGAUAAAAAGAGAAGAAAGCAAUUAGUAGAAGAAAUUGCAAAGCUUGAAACAGAGUUGGAUCAGAAACACGAGGAAGAGUUGAAACAACUGAGUAACAAAGUGGAUGAAGAGACGAUUAAGCCACUUGAAAAUGGGAUUGAGUGUUUAUCCAUGGAGAGUGGAGAGCAACAGAAUCUGAAAUCGUGUCGAAUUUCUAAAGCCCAGAAGAGAAGGGAUAAAAAGGCUGCAAUAGAAAAGGAGAGAGAAAACAGAAUAGCUGAAGCUGAGAUAGAGAACCUAAGUGGAGCUCGGCAUCUUGAAUAUCAGAAGCUUUCUCAGAGAUUGGCUGAACGACAUCUACAGAUCAAGCAAAUUCCGUCUGAUGGCCACUGCAUGUACAGAGCUAUUGAAGACCAGCUGAUAUGCAAGGGCCUCAAUUGGAAUGUCCAAGAGCUUAGAGCUCAGACAGCUAAAUAUAUGAGAGACCAUUCAGAAGAUUUCCUCCCAUUUUUAACAAACCCAUGCACAGGAGAUGUAUACACAUCAGAUGAAUUUGAAAAAUACUGCACAGAAAUAGGAAGUACAGCAGCCUGGGGAGGACAGCUUGAGAUACGAGCACUUUCACACAUUCUUAAGACACCAAUGGAAGUAAUCCAGGCUGAGGCACCUUCAAUAGUUAUUGGUGAGGAAUAUGAAAAUCAACCUGUUGUACUUAUAUAUAUGAGGCAUGCAUAUGGACUCGGGGAGCAUUACAAUUCAGUGGAACCAUUAAAGGAAACUCUACCUGAAGAAGAGUCAUAGCACCUUUUUCCUUAAGUGCAAUGUAUUACAUGGUGUGAUUAAGAAAGUGUUUUAAAAAUCACUGUAAACAGGAAAUAUGGUGAUUUUUUUUCUGGUUUUGUGUGUGUUUUAACACUAAUAUGUAAUUUUUGAAAGUGAGAAACAUUAUUGUUGGUUCUGUAGGUUAUGUAGUGAACUACUGGAAAGAAAAAACACAAUUAGUGUUAAUAUAUAUGAAAACAAAUAUCAAGAAAAAUGAAAGCCUUAAUCCUUGUACAGUGGAACCUCUAGAUACGAGUUUAAUUCGUUCCAGCACUGAGCUUGUAUAGCGAAUUUCUCGUAUCUAGAACAAACGUCCCCAUUGAAAAUAAUGGAAAUCCAGUUAAUCCGUUCCGCAUCCCAAAUAUAUUAACAUAAAAAUCAAUUUUCCUAACAAAUAACACUGAUAAAUUAUAUAUACUGUAGUCUACCUUUAAUAAAUAACACUGGUAAAUAAUAUAACUGAUUAUUAAAAGAAUCAAAACAGGUGUCCAAAGUGCAGUAGAGCAUUCAAUAAAUCUUUAAUCCUUAAAACAGUUGUGAAGUGGAGGUUUAAAGUACAUAAGAAUAACAAUCCUUUAACACAAGGUUAAAACGUCAACAGGAAGCAGUCUUCAAAAAACAGAUGACAAUCCCCGGUGCUUCUUCUCUGUUAGCGUCUCACCUGCUUCUCCCAUGCCGGCUCUGCAACAGGCGAGACACUUAAUGCAGCUGACCUUCUCUACACCGUCCUGCUUCAGCUGUUUGGCUCGCCUGUUCAGCUACACGCGAGCCUGUACUCGCUCACUCUCUCGCACCGACUUCCUACUGCUGCGGAUUCCUGCCUCCUCCUGCAACCUCCGUUCUCUCUCCUCUCCUCUCUUUUCUUUAACUUCUUCUCCCCCUUAACCGGCUCGCGCUUCUCUAUAUAUGCGGGGAAGACAUGGCAGCUGCUAGGGUUACCACUUUUAAUACAAAAAAAUAAGGGACGCAUACGUAUUGAUUCAAAACGGGACGUGCAAUUUCAUUCUCAAAUACUGGACGAUUCCGUAUUUUAAAGGACGGGUGGCAACCCUGCCCAGCCCAUCAGCCACAGGACAAAUCAUGGAUGUGGGCAGUUUCCCACCUGUGCACUUAGGUGAGAAACGCAGACACCGCAGAUCACCCUGCGGCUCGCUACAGCUACCACGCCCCCUCGCUAAGCCGCGAGCUAUACCCACAGCCUGGCUCGCGGCUCGUUACGUGAGCCAAUGCUCGUAUUUAGAUCUGAAUUUUUCGCUCAUACUUUCCUCGUAUUUUGAAUUUCUCGUAUACAGAGGUGAUCGUAUCUCGAGGUUCCACUGUAAUUGCAUAGUUUUUCUUUUUAAUGCUACACAUCAGGUAAGUUGUUACUUGUAGAGAGAAAAUGUGUUUUUGGCAUAUUUUCCAGUUUUGUAACAUGGAUUUUGAAUGCCAAGUAAACAGUUAUAAAAUUAGGUAUCCAUACUCAAUAAUCAACUAUGUGCAUAUGUAGUGUACAUGUUAUAAAAGAAUCAAAUUCUGCUGUAUACUGUUUAAUGCCUGUCUGCUUUUUGUUCCAAAAACAUCCAUAGAAAAUCUGUUCAUAGUAAAAUGUACUAUAAUACAGUAUAAAAGAUUGGGGCAGUUAUAAAUGUUUCUGUUUAACACAGUUCAAACAUGUGAAAAAUGUAAUAAGUAAUUUAUUUUUAAAAGCAAUAUGAAUUAAAGAGCACAGAUUUUUAUUUAGUGACAAAAAGUCAUGUUUAAGAGUUAACAGUACAAAACAAUCUACUUCUACAAACAGAUUCUUGACAUUGCAUAUUAAGAACGUGCUAAUAAUGAUGUUAAACCAGUCAUAAAUUAUUGGAAUUAUCAGUGGAUUCUGAGAAAAUGUUUGUA